UCCACCCAAUGCAGCGAUCCGUUACGCGCAGAUCUUUGACCACCCAGUCGCCGCACUCCGCCACCCACGCCACGCCCAUCUGCUUGUACUCCGCCCGCCGCUCCUCUAGCCCGCUAUCGCCGGCUCCUCGAUUCUCGCGUCUCACUGUCGCCGGCUCCACCACGCGACUCUCAUGGCGACGCCUGUCGUUGUCGCUGAGCGGGAGCUUCGGGAGUACCUGCAGGUGGCGGUGGCGGCUGCUCGCCAGGCGGGAGAGGUGAUUCGCAGCAGCUUCCACGCGCCAAAGGACGUGCAGCACAAGGGCAAGGUCGACCUGGUCACGGAAACGGACAAGCAAUGCGAGGCACUCAUCCUGCAGCACAUCUCAGCGGCUUUCCCCUCCCACAAGUUCAUCGGCGAGGAGGCGUCGGCGGUGGGGGGCACGGCGGGGCUGACGGACGACCCCACGUGGAUGGUGGACCCCCUGGACGGCACCACCAACUUCGUGCACCGGUACCCGUUCGUGUGUGUGUCCAUCGGGCUGGCCGUCAGCAAGAGCGUGGUGGUGGGGGUGGUGUUCAACCCCAUCCUCAACGAGAUGUUCACGGCCAUGAGAGGCCAUGGCGCCAUGCUCAACGACCAGCCCAUUCGUGCAUCCUCCCAAGCGGACAUCGGAUCGGCGCUGCUCGCCACUGAGAUCGGCACCAAGAGGGACUCUGCCACGGUGGGCGGCAUCACGGCGCGCAUCGCCCACCUGCUCUUCAAGGUGCGCUCCUUGCGCAUGUCCGGGUCGUGUGCGCUGAACCUGGUGGGCGUGGCAUGUGGCCGCCUCGACCUCUUCUAUGAGAUCGGAUUCGGAGGGCCCUGGGACGUUGCAGCGGGGUCUCUAAUUUUGGAGGAGGCCGGCGGCCUCUGCUUCGACCCGAGCGGUGGGCCCUUUGACGUGAUGGCGUGUCGAGUGGCAGCCUCGAAUGGCCAUCUUAGGACGCCGUUUGUAGAGGCAUUGGCUUGUGAUGCAAUUGCGAAUGGCCAAACAUGAGAUGAGGUAGGGUAGGCUUAUCGUAAUUUGUAGUGAUAUGGUAUCAUAACUUAGUCAUUAUAAGUGGUCUUCACACGGCUUCUACCGCAUUCACUCCAUCUCUUCAGACGA